AUGCUGGCCAGCGCCCUCGUCGCCCUCGCCUCCAUCGCCCUCUUGCAUGCCGCGUUCUCGGCGUAUGAGUAUCUGAGUGCGCUCAAGGCUCUCGGGCAACCUGGCGCGUCGCUGCCAACAAGUAUCAUCGCCGAGGCCCUCGUCUCCCUCGUCAUCUUCAUCCCGGCCAUCACCCUCGCCUACCCCGCCCUCCAGGACGUGACUUUCCGCGGGGAGCUAGCGAAGCGCACCCCAGACGACAUGGACGCGCGCAUGGGCUUCAUGCGCCUCAGCGCACGCGGCGCAGCCCUCUUCGGCGACCGCGCAUAG